GACUGUUUGAAGUGACUGUUUGAAGUUGUAUGAUACUGCUUUAAAUGUAUAGUGCAGAUGAGGUAAAGUCUCUUGCAGCAAAAACAAAGUAACUUGUGGACUCUAACUCACUUUUUCAUAUGCAACUGAUAAAGUAAGCUGUAGUCCAUAUUCCAUAAUCAAUGUAUUAGUUUUCAAAAUGCCAGAAAACUCUGUUGUUUUAGGAGAACUUUGUAAUUUCCGUUGACUCUGUUAAUUGGACAAACUUUUUCCUUUGACUGGGGAAGUCUUGUUAAGUUGUAUUCGUAACCUUCAGGCAUGGUUGCUGUAAUGCACUAUAUAUGACGCUGCCCCUGGAAACAUCUUGAAAGCUUUAGCUAGUGCAAAAUGCAGUUACGUGGCUCCUAAUAGAUAUUGGAAGAUACAAAUAUAUACAGCUCCUACUGCAUAUUUCACUAGCUACCAUUCAUUCAUUCAUUCAUUCAAGGUGCUGGCAGUAACCUUUGAAGCCCUUCAUGGAUUUGGCCUUUCAUAUCUCCAAGACAAUCUCUCUUUGUAUUAUCUACCCAGGCCAACUUCAGUCCUCUAAUCAGUCCCUGCUUCGUGGACGUGUCCUGCAUGAAAUGAGAAAUGUUGCAGUUAGAAGCAAAACCAUCAGCUGCUCCAAGGCUGUGGGAUUUCAACCUGGGAGCAUCUCUUGCAGGUUUUUGGGAGAAAUUAUAAGGCAGACCUACUUGACUUGACUGUUCUUGACUGUUCAUUUCCUUCUUUGUACUGCAUUUCCACUUUUUAAAUAUUUACUAUACCUUUUUGAGCUUCAAAAGAACAAAUGGUACCAAUGUCUUGCCUCGGUGAUGAACUGGAUGAGAGCCAGCAAACUGAAACUCAAUCCAGAUAAGACUGAGGCACUGUUAGUGGGUGGUUCCCUAGACCAAAUGGGUGGGAGAACGCCUGCUCUUGAUGGGGUUACACUUCCUCUGAAGGAGCAGGUUCGUAGCUUGGUUUUGACCUAUAAAGCUUUAAAUGGCUUAGGACCGCAAUACCUCAAGGACCACCUCUUUCCAUAAGACCACCUCUUUCCAUACCUCUGGGUAUGAGGCGAUAUAUAAUUCAGUAGUAGUAGUAGUAGCAGUAGUAGUAGUAGUAGUACAUUCUCAACUUGAGUGCAGUGAAUAUCUUGUACAACAAAUUAUGUCAAACUAGGCAUAUUAUAGAUCUGUAUUGUUUGAUUGUUGAAAUUACUGUUGUCUCCCCCCCCCAAAAAAAAAUAACCGUAAAAAAACACCCUGGGUACUACUAGUGAAUCUCAGCCUGCAGGCCAAAUGCAGCCCUCCAGGCCAGUCUGUAUGAGCCCUGGGACUCUCCCCAUGGCAUGCCCCUCUACCCCACCCUCCUCAAGAGUUUUUCCCUGGUAGGAAUGUUUCCCUGAACUGUGAUGCUUCUUGCUUAACUUGAUUGAGAGAUUUGCUGAUGUUGGCAUAGAAACCUCUGGCUUUUGCACAGCUGGAGUGCCCCACAAUUGUCAGGUCUAGGAAGGUUAUCCUGAUGCCUCUCCAGCUGUUGCCACUUGGUGGAGGACCACCUAUGAUGUCGCCAAAGGACAUGGUUGCUGAGGAGAAAGAAGCCCUCACCUUGCCUUCUAUGACAUCAGUGAGCUGCCCCUAGGUCUCAGGGUCUGGGAUGUUCCUGCCCUGGCGACCCUAGUGAGCAGCUCUGGCUAUCCCUUUUAAUAAAAGGAGGGGAAUGAGGCAAAUAACUAGCAUUGCCUUUUGUAUCAUUUUGUUGUGCCUAAAUGUGCUGGUGCCCCUGACAAGAAGCAGUUUGUUCAUCUGGCUCUCUGCUUGUAGCAUGCUAGUCUGGAUUAUGGGAUUGAUUUUCAGAAGAGACCAUUCUGGUGUUAACAGAAUCCCGUUUUCACUCUGUGUUUUUAAUAGCUGAGAGGUAGGCAUACAAUUCAGCAAGUUUUAGGAUUCAGUGGUGUAGAAAAUAAAUUUGUGAAAUGGCAUAGAAACACUGAGAGAGGAAAAUAGCACAUCUUCUCUUGAGUAAGAUGAUUUUCCAGAAUUACUGAGGUUUCUGAUUCUAUGAGACUAUCAAAACUUACCAGGGGUUAAAGCUAAAAAGACAUAACUAAGAGUAAUUCAUAAAAUCCUUGGAUAUACAGUAAGCUGCAUUUCCCCCCUAUCCAGGCUGACAGCCAGAUUUGAGUGUGCUUGUGGCAAAAUGAUAAUUACACUCUCAGUCAGAAGAUACAAAUUGAAAGGAGGCAUCCUGCCAUCUUCUACUCAACUAACUUUUGCCAUUUGCCAGCUUCAUUUGCAAUAACGUUCUAACAGCUCCAAAAAAGUCUCAUUGAGUUCCAUGGAUAUUAAUUACUCCCAGGUAAGUGGGUAUAGGAUUGCAGCCUAAAUUAGUUCUUGCUUUUGGUGGAGAACUCUCAAGGACAAGCCCACUUGAAACUGAAUCGUCAGUGAAGAUUAAAAAAAAAACCCACAAUCAGUUACACACAAAUCUGAAGAACAUAUAACGUAUCUUGAGCUAAGAACCACCUGAAAGAGCACACCUCAAGCUUUACCUGUCUCUUUAAAAUAAAAUAAAAACUAUCUUCAUCUGAAUCCACUAAUGUAGAAUUUGUAUUUUAUGGAUUCCUGUGUAUCAUCACCACUCUGAACAUCUUGAAAAUCCUGCAUGAUCCAGGUGACUUACCCCUCUCUUCAAGUCUGAAACCUCCCUUUAUGAACUGUAAAGGUAAAGGUAAAGGGACCCCUGACCAUUAGGUCCAGUUGUGAAUGACUCUGGGGUUGUGGCACUCAUCUCGCUUUACUGGCCGAGGGAGCCGGUGUUUGUCCGCAGAUCAGGGUAUUUAGCUCAUCUCCCUCAACUUGAUGUUCUCCAGAUAACUUUGGAUUGCAAUUCCCAUUAGGUUUUUUUUUUUUUAAAAAAAGGGGUAGGUAAGGUAAAGGACCCCUGAACAGUUAAGUCCAGUCAAAGGUGACAUGGGGUUGUGGUGCUCAUUUCACAUUCAGGCCAAGGGAACCGGUGUUUGUCCACAGACAGCUUUCCGGGUCAUGUGGCCAGCAUGACUAAAUUGCUUCUGGCACAACUAACACCGUGACAGAAGCCAGAGCGCACAGAAACGCCAUUUACCCUCCUGCCACAGUGGUAUCUAUUUAUCUGCUUGCACUGGCAUGCUUUCAAACUGCUAGGUUGGCCGGAGCUGGGACAGAGCAACAGGAGCUCACCCCGUCACAGGGAUUUGAACCACCAACCUUCUGAUUGGCAAGCCCAAGAGGCUCAGUGGUUUAGACCACAGUGCCACCCGCCCUCCCAUUAGCCCCACCCAGUAUCUAGUUGAUGAUGGCUGGUUUACAUUACAAAAAAAAAUAAUCAUGUAUUUUCUCAUAUGCUACUUUCAGAUUGCUUCCCUUCUUUAAUCUUUUACCUUAUAGCUUUUGGUUUCCAGAGGACAACCUGGGCUUGUUUUGUGCUUUGAUACCCCAAAGAUAAUUAUCCUGCACAUCAAUGCCUUGUUCAACCUACAGGAGAGAUGAAAGUGGAGGUGAAAAGAUCACAGGUUGGGCUUUGCCCUGCAGUGACUGGGCAGCGUUUGCACUUCUCUAUCUGUCUCUCCAAUAUACUUCCUUUUUUUAUCAUCUGCUGCAGGUAUUUGUUGUACUCUUGUAUAAUCGAAAGAGACAACUUGAUAAUAUCAAUGAUUGCCAACGUGUCCUAUUCACAAGAAAAUGUAGAGUGGCAGGAAAUAUCACUACAACAGCAGAUUCGUUGAAGUUGCAUACAAACUGUGCUGCACUACUAACAUGGAAAUGGAACAAGUGCUUAGGAACCCAAUACUCAUCUCUUCUAUUGUGCAGCUUGAAGUGCGGGGGCGGGAGGGGGGGCGGGAAUCUGAUGGUGGAGUUGGGUGACAAUACUAGACAUGGCAUCCUACAUGCCACAGGUGAGCAUCAGGAAUGGAUUGCUGCGUUCUCAACCUUGUAUUUUUAAUUUGUUUUCAUUUUUAUGCAAAGAAAGAAUGAAACAUUUAAAAUGUAGAAUACAGUGGUACCUCGGGUUAAGUACUUAAUUCGUUCUGGAGGUCCGUUCUUAACCUGAAACUGUUCUUAACCUGAAGCACCACUUUAGCUAAUGGGGCCUCCUGCUGCUGCGCCGCUGGAGCACGAUUUCUGUUCUCAUCCUGAAGCAAAGUUCUUAACCCGAGGUAAUAUUUCUGGGUUAGCGGAGUCUGUAACCUGAAGCAUAUGUAACCUGAAGCAUAUGUCGCCCGAGGUACCACUAUACAGAAAUAAUAAAACUGAGCCAACCACCCAUGGCUCUUGAAUACACUACAAUAGCAUAUAAGUUUCUGUUUUAACCGUCUUGGUAACAGAGUUAAUAACUACCAUAUUUUUCUGUCUAUAAGAUGCCCCCAUGUAUAAGACACCCCCUAUUUUGGGGGACUCAGAUUUAGGAAAAUGGGGGGAGAUGUAUCGAUGUAUAAAACACCCCCUAAUUUUUGACAUUAUUUUUUAGGGGGGAAACCUAGUCUUAUACAUGGAAAAAUACAGUAUUUUCCUUUCACUUCCAGACAUCCUGGGGAGAAAACCAUGCAGAGAACAAGGUUGUCGCUAACAUUACAGGGAUGGAUCAAAACAGAAAUUGUUUUAAGCAGAUUGAAUUUAAUGAUUUCCAUAUUUGCUAAACUGUCAAGGAUGGGGUUUGUUCUAGUGAAGGAUGCAGUUCACAAAAUGCCAUUCAAGUAAGUGUGAUCUAGUUUAUUUCUUAUUAAUAAUUGUUAGUGUUUUACUUAUCAUUGUUAUUAGUGCUAUUAGUAUGUAUUUUCACAGGAAAUCUUUCUUUUCAUAUGUAUUAUACACAUAAUUAAAUGCACAUGUGUAUGUUUAAAUUAAUUACAUGCAUUUAGGAGAGAUUUACAUAAAUCUUGCACCAAAUAUUGUGUGGAGUGGGGUUUGUACCUCGCUAACAGUCCUCAUACAGGACGCAGGUGGCGCUGUGGGUUAAACCACAGAGCCUAGGGCUUGCUGAUCAGAAGGUCGGCGGUUCGAAUCCCCACGACGGGGUGAGCUCCCGUUGCUCGGUCCCUGCUCCUGCCAACCUAGCAGUUCGAAAGAACGUCCAAGUGCAAGUAGAUAAAUAGGAACCGCUCUGGUGGGAAGGUAAAUGGCGUUUCCGUGCGCUGCUCUGGUUCGCCAGAAGUGGCUUAGUCAUGCUGGCCACAUGACCCGGAAGCUGUACGCCGGCUAACUCGGCCAAUAAUGCGAGAUGAGCGCCACAACACCAGAGUCAGCCACGAAUGGACCUAAUGGUCACAGGUCCCUUUACCUUUAUUCUCAGCAAAGCAACAGCUGCUCUUUUGUUAACCACUGUAUCCUUACGUCUUCUCUUCCAAGAGCAAUGAAUUAAACAUGGACACGCCAUUUACAACAACCAAUGCAAGCGAGAAUGUUUGCGUGAAUGGCUCUAACUAAGGGUGGCAUGCUAAACUAGCCAGUCAAAGAACCAAUUUUAAUUAACUUCCAGCAGCUCAUCCUAAAUAUACCAUCCCUUUUCAUUUUAAAAAUAGCUAUUGAGAUGACUUUCACAAAUGUAAAUUCAGUGGCACAAAAGAAAGGGCAGGUGCCCUUGUCUAAAUCUGAGCUGUGCUAAUUUUGGAUUACUAAAGGCGGUCUUGGUUAGGAGGAUGCUGCUCUUGUGACCUGUGUAGUGGAAAAAAAUCACUUAUCAAAACCUUCAUAAAAGCUGCACUGGCAACAGACAUUCAGAAUAAUUGCUUGGCAAUUAACAUUUGGUGGUAUUUAUGUUCCAUAGAGAUAUUUCUUGCGGUACUGGAAAUCUGAAUAACAUUAUUCUGUUCACAUCAUAAUUUUCUCAUAAUCUCAGUGCCAUCUUUUAUAAGGGAGCUUUCAUGUCUUGCAUUUAAAUAAUAGAUUUUUUGUCCCCAACUCUGACCUUUGCAUUUAUCCUUUGUUAUCUUAAAUUAGGUUCUUUCAAGCAGAGGUGUAACUUGUAAUGACUCACUGUUUGCAGACCUACCACACAGGAAGACAUUUAUAACUCCUGCUUAGCAACAGUAAAGAUGAUAUAUUAAGAUCAUUUUGCUAAUGCUCAAAUGAACCUUAUCCACAAAUGAGAUCGGUGCUUAAGUUCAGAGGCACACUAAGCUUUUGCACGACAGAUUUAAGGUUUUCCUCCUCCAACCUUGAGAGAUUUACAGGCUAAGAUCAUAGCAAGCUGCCACAAAAACCACUUGUUAUGAUGCAGCAACUUUUCAUAGAAUCAUAGAAUUGUAGAGUUGGAUGGGACCAUGGAGUCUUCUAAUCCAAACCCCCCUGUAUGAACUUAAAGCUAGAAAUCUGGAUGAACCAUGGGCUGCCAAUGCAGUGUCCAUGGGCACACCCACAGAUGCCUUCCCUGGUACCCACAACACCCUGUCCCUUCUGUCCCCACCCCACUCCGCAAAUUUGACAUGAAAUGUCUUUUAUUGUAUUCCAUUUAUGAAUCACUUCUCAUGAGGCACCCCAAAGCAAUAAACAAUAUAAUGAACAUGUAUAAAACUGGGGGGGGGGUGGAGUUAAAGCAAUUACACACACACACAAAGGUAAAAAGGUAAAGGGACCCCUGGACAGUUAAGUCCAGUUAAAUGUGACUAUGGGGUUGUGGCGCUCAUCUUGCUUCAGGCCGAGGGAGCCAGUGUUUAUCCACAGACAGCUUUCCAGGUCAUGUGGCCAGCAUAACUAAACCACUUCUGGUGCAAUGGAACACUGUGACGGAAACCGGAGCACACGGAAAUGCCGUUUACCUUCCCGCUGCAGCGAUACCUAUUUAUCUACUUGUACUUUUGUGCUUUUGAACUGCUAGGUUGGCAGAAGCCGGGACAGAGCAAUGGGAGCUCACCCCGUCGCCUUUCCGAUCAGCAAGCCGAAGAGGCUCAGUGGUUUAGACCACAGCAAUAUACACACGAAGGGACGCGGGUGGCACUGUGGGUAAAACCUCAGCGCCUAGGGCUUGCCGAUCGCAUGGUCGGCGGUUCGAAUCCCCGCGGCGGGGUGAGCUCCCGUCUUUCGGUCCCAGCUCCUGCCCACCUAGCAGUUCGAAAGCACCCCUAAGUGCAAGUAGAUAAAUAGGUACCGCUUUAUAGCGGGAAGGUAAACGGCGUUUCCGUAUGCUGCGCUGGUGCUGGCUCACCAGAGCAGCUUCGUCACACUGGCCACGUGACCUGGAAGUGUCUCCGGACAGCGCUGGCCCCCGGCCUCUUAAGUGAGAUGGGCGCACAACCCUAGAGUUGGACACGACUGGCCCGUACGGGCAGGGGUACCUUUACUUUUACCAAUACACACACACACACACACACACACACACACACACACACCAACUAUAACCACUAGAAAGCUUUUCUCAAAGGGUUUGUGGUGCUAGAGGGGAUACUGUGUGUAUUUGGGUACAUGUGUACACAACACCUUUUCUAAUUUAAAUUGGCUGCAAAAGGUUGGCAACCCCUGGGUUAGGCCCUUAGAAGUUGCUGGCUGAAUGGAAAUAAACAACAAAUGUAACUUUCCCAAGUUAUUCAGUUAUUCUUCAAGGUUUAUCUUAGGUAACCAAAACAUCCAGACUGAAGAACCAAAACAGACAUGGAAAGGCAAAUGGAUCAACUUGGAUCAGCACACCUUGCUGCUGGAAGCACCUUACAGUGUGACUAGGGUGGAAUCUACACACAUAUAAAAAACGUUCUGAAAAUGCUUCUUUUUAAAGUGGUUUUAAAAAUACAUUGAAUUUUCCAUAAGGCUCAUUAUCGCCAUCUAAUGUCACAUUGUAUAUUGCAUGUAAGACUCACUUAACUAUUCCUACAGUUAAAGCACAUCAGCCUGACACAUUUGAAAGAGGAUUGUAAUCUGUACAUCCGAUCUCAAUUCAGUCUAUAAUUCCCUCAUGGCUCCAUCCCUUGCUGAUCAUCACCCACCUAUCUUAAAGGCUGUGCUCCCUACAGUUCAGGAAGUUAACUUCAUGUUGUUUAGAAUUCACCGAAAACAUAUGAAUGAAACGGAAAUUUGAACACAAACAUAUUCAGCAGCAUAUAAGCCCUUCUGAAUUUUUUGAGAUUUAAAUAUCUAUAAAUGUUUGAUUAUUUCUGGAUCUGAAGUAAAUUCGAUUUUUCUUACAAAAGACGUACUUUGAAAAAAUACCAGAACCAUAACAUGACUGCUGAAGAGUAGAACUCAUUAGACUGACAGUAAACAUCAAGCUCUUGGUAUACAUCCUUUUCUUAUGGCAAGCUGAGAAACAGGAGUGCAGUAGAGCAGGAGGCUGGCAUUCUCUACCAUGUAGAAUAUGCAUUGCUAAGUUUCCUGUAAUAACAUGUAUUAUUCAAUAACAACAAGUUUUACAUUACAGAAUUCAGAUUUUUCACACAAAUGGUAAGAAAAUGUGAAUAAUGGAUCUCAGUUGUCAACUUGCGUUUAGAUACUAAAAUAAGAGGUUUGCACAAUAAAUAAAUGAUAGCUAUGCAUGCACUAUGCUUUUUAUAUAUAUAUAAAGAGUAAAUCUUGAUCGGUAGUAGCAUGUACCCUUGCAAUAGCAAUAUUAUACUCUAGCCAGCACUUAUUCCCUUCGCAAAGGUGGGUUCUCAACUCGGCACACACCUCCUGGCUGACUGUAUCUGGCAUGGCUAGUUAAUGAUGCCCACUCUGUGGCUCAGGUCCUCCUCCACAGCAGAUCACGUUAACUGACUAAGUGGAAGAGAUAGGAUUGGUCCACUCUGGUCCACACCAGAUCCCUAAAUUGGGACUUGGCUUCAUAUCAGCUAAGCAUAUUGGCAUCCAUUUAAGAGUUGAUUGACUUGGGCCAAGCCCCAUCUUGAAUCGCCUAAGAAGCUGGCUCCUCGAUUGGCCUUCAUGUUCUACCCUGAGCGUGGCUUCUCCUGGGAGGAAAUAAACAUCACUCUCAACUUGUGGCACUAAGAAGGCAUCAUAUUGAUUAUCAGUACAUUCUGAAAGUGCUCUGUACCACCCACGCUCACAUAAAUCGAUAGAACAGGACGUGAUGCAAUAGGACAUAUGUAAGUAUGAAUAUCACAGCUCCACUGUGUAAAACUGUACUCAUGUUAUGCUCCUUUGACUUUCUUUGUGUACCUCGAGGACUGAAUACUCACCCACGCCCCUAGUUAAGACUCUCUGUUUUAUAGGGAGUACAGAUGCUAAACUGAUCCUGAGCUACAAUCAGUGUGUUGCUCCUGGCCUUGUCUUUCUGGGAUCCUGAACACCAAUAAUCCUUUCCUUAUUCCUGAAAGGUAAUAACUGAUCAUCAAGGGUGCACUGCUUGGAUGUCAUGCGUUAACUUACACCUGCCUCUCCUUCCAGCACAUUAAGUGUAAGCAUCCAUACUCCAGCAAAGAUUUGCCACCUUCUACACUGCUGCUGACUGGGGUGGUGGUUCUAACUCCUAUACAUACGGCAUCCAUCUCUAAGGCUCGUUUAGGCUCAACUGCAUGGGCUGGCACCAACGUGGUAGGGAAGAAUUGUGUCAAUACAGUGGAAGAAUUAUGUGGAUCGUAACUAGUAUUCUUGCAAUAGCAAUGUUAUUGCAGUUUUAUUAUCACGGUAGUUGAAACUUGCAUCACAAUGCUAUGUUUACAUAUCCAAGGUCCACCCAUUCCCAGAAUAUUCCUUGUGCAUGGAGGCAUAGUGGGUAGAAGUGUUAGAACGAGCGAAAAAAAUGUGGUAGUAGUGAUCCACAACAUGCUCAAGGAUUGAAAAGAAAGAAAAAACAUUAAAGAAGGGGUAACACAACCUUACUUCACACAACCCCAUUGAACAUGCAAACAGCAACACAGUGAACAUAAAAUAUAUAUACUCGUAACUUGUAAGCAAGAUGAUGUCUCCAAAAGAAGUCUAGGAACCAUAGUUUGUUAAGGGUGCUAGGAACUGUAGCUCAAUGAGGGGGGAAACUACAAUUCCCAUGAUUCUUUGCGGGGGGUUUAAGUGAUUUAAAUGUGUGUUGGAUUUAAAUGUGUGGCAUGGAAGUGUCAUUGGCUCUUUAGGAUGCAGUUAAAAACCUAACUGAAAUUUAUGAAAUUCAGUGCUACAUAUAAAGCACUGCAAUAGUCUAACUGGGACAUUAGCAGAUCAUGGGUCUUUACUUAUCCUUUUUUGAACUGGCCAUCAAAAAUAUUAAACACAAUUAUUGCAUUAAAUUAUAGCAUGUUCCAUGAUGUUUCAGACAAAAGCUGAAACUACAAAUACAAGUAAAAUUGUCUUUUAUUCCAAGUCAGGUCUCUUAGACCACAUUUUUAAUGUAAAAAAACCCAACCAAUAUAAGGUAACCAUAUACUGAAAAUUUUGCAUUGGACUUUUAUUUCUUCAGACUUUCACCAAAAUGGAAUAGAAUUUAAAUAUGAAUUUAUUCAUCACACCAAUAGACUUGGAAUGACUUUACAUAAUUAUAUGAUUUAUAGUCCUCAAUAACCCUAUUCAAUCCAAAGACUUUCUCUAACAAGGGUGGUGUGAUUAAUAGUAAAUGGAAUACUGUUAACAAUAGUAUUUGACUUUAGAAUUUGAAGUUCAAUAUACUGAUUAUGUUUCAACAAUAUUAAUGGACUUUUGUUAGGUCUCUGCAAAUAGCAAACCCCUAUUCUUGCAAGAUAGAAUGAUAGACUUUCCAAAUGUAAAGGUUAAUGAAAAUGUGAGCAAAAUAAAGCCCACGAAUCAAAAGAGCACAGAGUUCUUUUCAAUGAACUCUCCUUUCUUUUGAAUGGCUAAUUGGUGGGUGCCAUGGCUGACUAACUUGCAUAUUAAAAAAAAGGGGGGGGAGCAACUACCCUGGGAAGUCAUCGUGCUAGGAAGAAAAAGGAGGAAGUACGGAUGCCCAGUCUUUACACCUGGUCAUUCAUCUGCACAAGAUGUGAAGAUGAAAGACUACAUUGUCUACUUUCUUCAAAAGCUGUCAACUUUUCAAAGAACAAAUAUCUGGUUCUUAUAGCCAGGGCUCAGGUCAUGAGACUCUUGUUGUCCAGAGGCCACCACCCUUUGCCACAGAAGCAAUUUGCCUGGUGAAGCAGAGUCACAAAGAAGAAGAAAAAGAAGAAGAAGAAGAAGAAGAAGAAGAAGAAGAAGAGGAGGAGGAGGAGGAGGAGGAGGAGGAGGAGGAGGAGUUUGGAUUUGAUAUCACUCCCCGAAGGAGUCUCAAAGCAGCUAACAUUCUCCUUUCCCUUCCUCCCCCACAACAAACACUCUGUGAGGUGAGUGGGGCUGAGAGACUUCAAAGAAGUGUGACUAGCCCAAGGUCACCCAGCAGAUGCAUGUGGAGGAGCGGAGACGCGAACCCUGUUCCCCAGAUUACGAGUCUAUCACUCUUAACCACUACACCACACAAAGCUAUCUUCCUGGCAGUGGGGUCGUUGCUGCUGCUACCAGGACAGUGAGGGGUGAGAUGGGACGGCAGGGAGUCUGGUAUAUUGCAAGGCACCAUGGCCUGUGUUGAGAUCUGGGCAGUAAUGGCUGCACUCUUCUCUCAGAGGCUCUGCUGCAUCCAUCAAAAUGCCAGCUUUAUCUGAAUCCAUAUUUUUUAAUUUCAGUUUUGAUCUUGGUGAGAGUUCACAGUUCAACUAACGGGAUGCUGGACUACAUGGGCCACUUGCCACAUCCAGAAGGAUCAUCUUAUGUUCUUAAUAAUUUCAGUGUGUCCUAUAAAAACUCAUAAAAGUUGUAGCAUUGCACUGUUACCUCCAGUGAUUUGCUGAGAAGAAAACUAUAAUCUUUGCUUGGCUCUUCAUCCUGAAGAAUAUUAUGAACGGGAAGCUGUGUUUAGUUAUAGCUCAACUUGAGCCACAAAUCUAACGAUAAGCUAGGCGGAAAGGAGCUACAGCUAAUGAUGACAUCAAUCUUCAUAAAAGCCCCAAGAAGCUUUAUUUAAGUCUUUGAAACUGCAUUUAGCUGCCCUGAUGUAUAUGUACUUUCUAUUAAAGCAAUGUAAGGAGACGAUGACUCAUACUACUCAGAUCCCGCAUCAGGAUGACAUCCAUAAUAUAGUUGUGAAAAUAAAAUAAUAGCUGCUUCAUCCAGUGAUAAUAUGUGGAAGAACUGUUUCAUUCAUGCAAACCCACAGUGGAUUUGUCACAGUGCAUCUCAUGCAAAGAUCGGUACUGGAAGCCACCAUGGAACAGACAACCCAAAUUCCCUGGUCCAUAUUUGGCCCCUCUAAACAGGACAGAUGAUUGUGCAUCUCCUACCCAUAAUGGGCAUCACAUACCCUUACCAAAAUGCUCUAAUGCACAGCCCCGGAAGACACUCGUCUUUGGGGGCUGCAAUCUCGUGCAAGAGCACUGUGCCAACUAUGGUGAUGGUAGGGUUUUUCAAAUAGACCGUGGUGGUGGUUAUCUGUGCUAUUUUUCUAGAAAAAGAGGUGCUGGAACUCACAAUGAAUGCCUCCCUUGUUCUCUUUUAAUGGCAAUGAUGCCCACCUGAAAGGUGCCAGAACUGAGUUCCGGAUGGAAAAAAAAGCCCUGGUGAUUAUCAAAUAGUAUACAGGUUAUAAUGAAAAAAGUGAUUCGCUGGAGGAAGAAGGAAGGUUUAAGAAGUCAAUAAGAGUGUGUGUGUGUGUGUGUGUGUGUGUGUGUGUGUGUGUGUUGACAAUGAAAAAUCAGUCUUUUGUUCAUCAGCCUGGAACUGAUGCAAAGGUUUUUUUGUAAUUACACUCUAAGAUAAGCUAAGAAGUGCUGUAGGCAUACCGAUGGUUGUUCUUACAAAGCAGUGAGUGGCUUUAUUGAAAAAACAACGGCAUUACUCGAUGGCCUCAGGUUGUUUUUACAGUUGCUGAUGGCUUGCAUUAAUAAUCAUUGCCAAUCUUAUUUCCUUCUGAGACCUCCGUUUUUAAUUAUUGUUUUCAUAUAGAAAAGGAUAAGAGAAUGAUCCUGGAAGCUGCAGAAAUCUUCGCCUCUGGACUAGCUCAAACUCAUUCCUGGUUAUUCUUCGUCCACUGUUAUUGUCUAUGCAUAAUAGCAUUUAUAUGUUGUAGAAAACCAAGAAAAGCAGCCAAAUAAACAAUCAAUGCAAC